AUGAUAACGGUACGCUUAAAGUGNGAUCUUUCUGAAAACGCCGAGUACAGCGUUGCCCGCGAAAGACAAGGCAAGAUUGAGGACCGGAUUCGCGAAAUCAACGCUAUCUUAGACAACUCGCAAAUCUUGACUACUAGCACUUCGCACUCGACUAAGUCAAAGAGCGAAGAAGUGCGGAUCGGAUGCGAACUCGUUUUAGAACAUCUUAAAACCGGCGAACGCCAAUCGUACAAGAUCGUCGGAACUUUGGAAGCCGACCCGUUCAGUCAACCUCUAAUCAAAGUUUCUUAUGAAUCGCCUUUGGCCCAAGCGGUUUUAGGCAAACACAAAGGCGAUGUGGUUGAAGUUGACGGACGCCAGAAAUACCAAGUCAAAAUCGUAGCCGUUAAAAAUUAA